AUGAAAUCAGAAACCUCGCGUUCUAGCAAUAAACGAACUCGAUUAGUAAAAUCUCAUGAAAACACUUCGCGCUCAACUUUAGCCACCCAUCCUACAGACUCUUCAGUCGAUAUCACACAGCCCAAUAAUGAUACAACCGGCAAUCAUGCACAGCCUCGAUUAGGAAAAUAUCAGCUACUAGAUGACCAUGAAGGUGCAGACAGAGAAGCUACAAAGAGUACUAAGAGUGAAGCAGCAAAGGCUCGCGUUAAGGAAUUAGAAGCCGAAUGA